AAUACGGGCGCGCGGAUUUCGCGUGGGAGUUUGUUCCAGCUGACUGUAUGCCUUGUCACAGGUUUGUCGCAUAAAACUUGGAUUGUUUUUCGCUUGGUAUAUUGGCGUUUGAAUUAAGACUAAAGUCCCAUAAUGUCCACAGUCGCGAGUUUAAUUGAUUUCGAUGCCGACGAGUCGCCGAAAUGGCGUACAAAGGGAGCAGAGGUUCCUUCCGUGAAAAAAAUGAUUGAAAAUAUCGUAAAAUACCAAAAUCGCUGGAGCGAGUAUAAGAAAUCUACUAACAAGGAAACGCUAGACAAGGUCCUUCACAAAUCUUUAAUAGAUUUUAUCUAUUAUGUGAACAACGAGGAAGAGCAUGGAUACGACACUAAAGAAGAGAUUGAAUCUUGUCUCGAGGCAAACAAUACCUCAGAGCGACCACCUGAUAUCAAAGGAAUAGAAACUUUGAACUUACGAGAAGCUUACCAGUUCCUUUUGAAUAAAGUGAAGAAUGUCGAAGAGAGCGAAGAUGUUGAGAAAGUGCAUGGGUUGUUAGAGCAAAGCUUGAUGAAGGAAACGCACAAGCUGAUCAUGAAGGAUGUUACGAAACCGAAUGUAACCGAGCCUGGUAAAUAUAGUGAACAUCGGCGUUUCACAACGUAUAAAGGAGUUGAAUAUGAAUAUGCGAAACCAGAAGAUAUAGAAAGAAAGGUAUACGUAAUUGUGAACAAUCACAAUGGUUUGAUGAAAUAUCACGUAAAAGACGAAAAAGAUCCAAAUGUCCGUGUUUAUGUGAUGUUCAAGAUCUGUAGUUGGUUGUUGUUUGAGCUUUUGGACGUGCAUCCAUUUGGUGACGGCAAUGGUAGAUUAUGUAGAUUACUUUGUAGUUACGUAUUGUCCUCAAUGACACCUUUUCCGACCCCGAUCUACAACGUUUGGACUGAGUCGAAGAAGGAUGAUUACAUUGAAGCUCUGGUAGAAACAAGAGAAUCUAAAACCCGUCAUCCAACAAGUCUGACAACCAUGAUCAUAGAAUCCAAUUACUAUUGCUGGAAGAAGUUUAUCAAAAUUCUUGAAAGCAUCGAUUCAUCUCAAAGCGAGAUAAAGAACAAUACAGAAUGAAAACUAAGACUAAAUGAGCAUGAAAAAUUACAAUAAAUAAUGGUUAAAAAUCGAACAGGAGUGCAUUCAAUGCUAAAAUUAUAUUACUUAUUAAUUAUAUGUAUAUCCUCUGUAAUCAAAAAGGGACAAAGAUCAAUUUAUUGAAUAUU